CGACCGCUCACAAACAGCUUCCUGUUUGCUGUUACGAAAGCAGACCUAUUAGAGCCAAGAUGGCGGCGCUUUUCAAAGCACGGAGAGCUCUAGGCAUGGCGGUAGGCCAUGGUGUUCGCUGUUUGACCCAGUUGGCAGAGCUGCCAGAGCUGCACCAGAUGAUGAGGCAGACGUGUAGGGACUACGCCCAAAAGGAACUUACGCCCAUCGCUGCCCAGCUGGACAAAGAUCACAUGUUCCCAGCCAAGCAGGUUCAAGAACUGGGAGCGAUGGGUGUCAUGGCUGUAGAGGUGCCAGAGAGUCUGGGUGGAGCUGGGAUGGAUUAUCUCGCGUACUGUCUUGCUGUGGAGGAGCUCAGCAGAGGAUGUGCCUCGACCGGAGUAAUCGUCAGUGUGAAUAAUUCACUGUACCUGGGUCCAAUUCUGAAAUUUGGCACAGAAGAACAGAAAAAGCAGUGGAUUACGCCCUUCACCACGGGGGAAAAAGUGGGCUGUUUCGCUCUGAGUGAACCAGGAAACGGCAGCGAUGCAGGUGCAGCAUCAACACUGGCACGGCAGGAGGGAGACGAGUGGAUUCUGAACGGAACCAAAGCCUGGAUAACCAACUGCUGGGACGCCUCCGCCACCGUCGUGUUUGCCACAACCGACAAGAGCCUAAAACACAAGGGAAUUAGUGCCUUCCUAGUGCCGAUGCCUCAUCCGGGGUUGUCUUUAGGGAAGAAAGAAGACAAACUGGGAAUUCGAGCUUCAUCCACUGCCAAUAUCAUUCUGGAAGACUGCCGCGUCCCACUCGGCAACAUGCUGGGAGAGCGAGGAAUGGGCUUUAAAAUUGCAAUGCAAACUCUGGACAGCGGGCGGCUUGGUAUCGCGGCACAGGCUCUUGGGAUCGCGCAGGCAGCGCUGGACUGUGCGGCUGAUUACGCUCAUAAAAGAACGGCUUUCGGCGCUCCGAUUGGAAAACUGCAGGCAAUACAGUUUAAACUGGCCGACAUGGCCUUGGCCACAGAAAGCGCUCGUCUUCUCACCUGGAGAGCUGCAAUGCUGCGGGAUGCAAAGAAACCUUUUACUAAGGAAGCUGCCAUGGCUAAACUGGCUGCAUCUGAAGCUGCUACCUUUGUCUCCCAUCAGGCCAUCCAGGUGCUGGGCGGAAUGGGUUACGUCACAGACAUGCCUGCUGAGAGACACUACCGAGACGCCCGGAUCACAGAAAUCUAUGAAGGCACCAGUGAGAUCCAGAGAUUAGUCAUUGCAAACGGCGUUCUCAAAGAAUAUCAACAGUAGGAGAGCUGAUGUCCACGCCAACUCGCUCUGCAAAACACUGCUGUUACGUUACAGUGCCUGGAUUGGUUGAUCUGGUCGCUCACAGAUCUCAGAACUGUAUUACUGUGAUUGGCCAGUGCUGAAUGAAGGAACGCUUGUGUUGAUGUUGCUCUAUCUGAUUCUGAGUGACAUAAGACUGUUUAAAGUGCAUUUUCAUGUUUGUGCCACAAGAGUGCAGUAGAGUGUCUGGAUCUUUUGCAUUGAAUCAUACUAGAGCUCCAGCCAUAAGGACCUAAAGAACUGGGAUUUCACUGGGGAUUGAAAUGCAUAUCUGAUUGUACAUAAUGAAUUGGAUCUAUUUGUUAUGCAUUUUAAAAUAAAUAAUAAUAUUAUAUU